AUUUCUUUUACCAUUUACAAGAAACAUGGGGUGGAUCAACUUACCCCACUCUCCCCUACAUAUUCAACUAAGGGCAGGGGAGGAAGAGGUAGGACGUGUGAGAAGGGAGUGAGAGAGUAGGAGGGACAUGUUAACGGUAUACGGACGCGGCCCGUCCUCUCAGGUAAACAGAUGCUAAACUUUCUUCUUCUCUUUGGGGCAUUAAACUCCACAAACCGGGUAAAAUACGGCACACAAAGUUAAUAUUUAUGCAGAGGAGAUGUGGGAUGUGUGUGUUUGAUGUGUUUCGCGGUCUGUUGCGGGACUGAAGCGGUAAACUUUGACCUCUUUUCAUGUCCACAUCAGAGGAACAACAAAGUUCCUGGUCUGUUAGCAGUUAGCUUGAGUUAGCACAACUCUAUUAGCCGCAGGAGUUUAAAAAAACGGGUUUAAGUGUUGGUCCGGUUCGAUGUGGGUUCAGUAAGAGGGGUACCAGAGACUGUUAUCCGUAGGUUUUUAAAGCAGCUCUUGAUUUAUCCGGAGCACCGUGAAUAACGGGACCGUUAGCUGAGCAGUUAGCCUGCAGGCUAACUGACAAUCUAACGGUCACCGGUCCUCACCGGGUCUGUACCGUGUCAGGGCUGAGCCCACCACCGACGACCGGAUCAUUUCGCCGGGGGCUGUUUUCGUGAUUAGAGGGAAGGUGAGGGGUUCAACAGGUGCGUGAGCCGAGAGUUCAAAGGUCAGACAGGUGACCCCAGGACAGUGAAGUCUAGAAAGGGUCACUUAACAGGGGCGCGCCAAGACUUUCCGAACAGGGGGCCCACCUGAGGCACCGACUCAGUUUUUUUUAAAUGAAGGGGGGGGGUUAUAAACUGUAAGUUUCCACAGUAAGACUUUCAAGUAAUUUACAGGCUAAGGCUGCGUUCGAGUUACCUCGGAAGUCAGAUGGCGGGGCUGAAAAUGACGUCACACCCCAGUUACCAGUGCUUCAGUUACCAAGUUGGAAAAAAGCAAAAUCAGAGGCCUGAAACAAGAUGGCUACAUCUACGAAAUGCACUUUUAUUAAAUGUAUUUUAUAUUCAGACAAGGCAAGCACUUAAAUAACUUUCGUAGCUGUAGCCUUCUUGUUCCCUCCUCCAAUUUUACUUUAUUGCCUACAUCUAUGAAAGUUAUUGUAGCACUUGCCUUGUCUGAACAUAAGACUUGAUAACUGAAAGGCUGGGAACUUUGGUAUGACAUCAUUUUCAGCUCUAACAUCUGACUUCCGAGGUGACUUGACUGCAGCAAAAAAGUUGUUGUGUGUUAAAGAUAGUUAGAGACGCCAAGGCCCCCCAAAAAACGAAAAAAAGCAAAAUCUGAGGUGGAAACAAGAUGGCUACAUCUAUGAAAGUUAUUUUGGUGCUUGCAUUGUCCGAACAUGUGGCAAGUCCUAAAAUAACUUUAGUAGACGUAACCAUCUUGUUUCAUCUCCGAUUUAGCUUUUUUCCGACUUGGUAACUGAAAGGCUCGGAACUCAGGUGUAACGUCAUUUUCAGUUCCGACAUCUGACUUCCGAGGUGACUUGAACGAAGCGUGACAUGUGACGGUACUUUUAAUUUCCUGUAUUUAUGUUAACAGUUUCAAUCCAGCCAGUUGUUUUAAAAGUGCAGUAUGCAGAAUCAGGAUGUUUAGCGACAUCUAGUGGCAAGAUUCUAAAACUCUUCCUCUUUUUUUCUAAAUAAUUAUAGUUUAUCUCAGUUCUCAGAUACUGAGUUUUUCAUUGUUUUCGAAACUCAAGCUGACAUUAGUUAAGUAAUGCUAAACACCACUAAUUUUUCUUACAUACUACGGGGUAAAGGGACCUAAAAAAAGAGAUUUUUAAAUAAAAUCCUCUCAAGUACAAAGUCGUACUUAAGUAAUCUUGCGAUAAUAAAGCUGUAAGUGUAGUCGUCAUGUCUAAUUCAGUAAGAGGUGAUCAGCUGCAGCAGCAUCAUUGUCCCUCUCUCUCUCUCUCUCUCUCUCUCUCUCUCUCUCUCUCUCUCUCUCUCUCUCUGUCUCAGUUGCCAUGGUUACAGGACGCUCUGUGUCUAUUAGUGAAACUGUCCUGCGACCCUCCCUGUUUUUCAAGCUUGUUAUCCGGUUUAAAGAAGGACUAAACCUGCCUCCUUUGUCUGCUAUCCUGCUCAGUUUGUCUCAAACUUUAAUUCUGAAUUCUGGUUCAUUUCGAUCUUUUCACCUCUCUUGGAAACGCACACAUAAAUUUUGCUGCAUGGAAAUAUAAUCAAAUCUUAGAUUUUUAAUGUUGAUUACCUUUUUAGUGAACAUUAGCUUUGUUUAAAACUCUAACUGGUCUGGAUCAGGUGUUUUUUCAGUUCACAGUGGUCUCUGAGGGUCUCAGUGAUCAACAUGUGGUGUUGACUCAGUGAAACACGUGAUCAGGAUCCUGCAGAGACCAGAUGAGGAACAAACAGGAGGUCAUGAACACACCCCAGGACUGUGGCUGAUUUUUAUUUGUGCAACUCUUCAGACAGACAAUUUUCUUUGAUAAGUGAAGACAGAGGAAAUCUGUUCAGAGACGCACUUAUAAUCUGAAUCAUCAAACAAAGAAACCACCGAUCAGUAAAUCAGCUGUUUGUUCACAGACUUUAAUCUGUUGAAAUGUGAAAACUUUACCUCUCUGACCUUGGCCCAGUGUUUGAAUAAGUUCACCAUUUUGUCCAGCAGGGGGCACUCUGAGCCCUUAAUAAUUUAAUCUGCUCCUGCUGCAGCUCUGUUGACCGAUCAACAACCUUAAUCAGAACUGAUCAGAUAUCAGGUGUUUGAGCAGACGUCUGAUUGGAGGAGAAACUUUGUGUUUUUGAUGUGACACAGUUUAUCGAGUAAAAUUGUCCCAACAAGAUCCUGAUGAAUCUUUUACUCAGGUGCAAAUAUGACGUAACCCUAAAAAAAAUUCUAACAAAAGGUUUCUCAGCUGUUUUUUAUAGUAUUAGAUGUCCUUAAAAACAAACUAAAGGUUUACCAAAGUUUGACCACUAGAAAGGUGUCCUUUUCAAGAUGGCGUCCAUGAUGGUAGGGAGCGCGGGGAGACACCCCAGGUAAAUAACUUAUCCUUAUAACUUACAUUAAGACAAAUAUUUUUUGUAUUAUAAUUUUUGUCAAAUGUUAUGUUUGAAUAUGUAAAUGAUGUAAUAUCUAAUUUAAUAUGCACUUAUUUACAAACAUUUCCAGAGCUGAAAACUGAUCAAUGGAUAAAGCCCCUUUCAAAAUUCUUGUUUUAUUUUGUUGACAUACUAGAGUCAGAAGGGGUGAAGAGGGGACUUUGGGUAUCUCUUUUUAUCUCUCUGUAAAUGAGAAAAUACUCUCACCACCACUAAACAUUCAAAUAUCUCCAUGUGUUUUUUUCAGGUCCUUAAAAUGACCGUUACCCCUUUGUAUUCAUUCUAGACCAGGAAUACUGGCUCCUGAUUCAUGUUUUGACCAUCUAAUAUUUUAAUUAGCAUAUUUGUAUGAUAGAUAAGUGAUUACAAGUACAAUUAGUGACCCACAGACAGUGUCACAUUGGAAUUUUUAGGGGUGGUGAGAGUUUUUUCUCAUUUACAGAGUGAUAAAAAGAUAUAUCCAAAGUUCCCUCCUCCCCCCUUCUCACUGUAGUAUGUCAAUGAAAUAAAACAAGAAUUUUAAAAGGAGCUUUAUCCAUUAUCAGAUUUUGGUUUUGUAAAUGUUUGUAAAUUAGUGCAUAUUUAAUUAGAUAUUACCCCAUUUACAUAUUCAAACAUAACAUUUGACAAAACUUGUAAUACAAAUACACUACAGGCCAAAAGUUUGGAAGCAAGGCCAUUACAGGCCGAACAGUUGGGAGUAACUUCCAAGUUUUUGUUCACAAUGCUUUGUUUUAAAAUCCAGCAUGAGUUUUAUGUAUUUUGGGAUGUAUUUACUCCAUGAUCAGAUGUUGCUUUCAUGGAAAUGCACCAUUUUACUCCAUUUACCUUUAGAUAAACAUUGAUGUUAACAGACCAUUGCUAAAUAUAUGUCAGAAAAAGAUAAUAAGGGCUUAGUUUUAGGGUUGAAAACAUUUGAGUCACAACUUCAGUGCAAAAGCAAAAAACAAAUCACAAUCGGAUUAUUCACUUAAACUUUUUGGCUUUUGAGAGUCUGCAGACAAAAAUCCUAAUAAAUCUCAACUGCGUUCAAACUACUGCAAAAAUGGCUAGAAAGAAGAAACUGAGUAAAGAAACAAAAGUACAGAUUUGUACAUUGAGGAAAGAAGGAUACACAGAAAGAGAAAUUGCAAAACACCUAAAGGUGUUUAACAAAGGAGUCCACUACACUCUGAAGAGACUAGAGGAACCUGGAAGUUAUGAUGAUAGAAAAAGACCUGGUUGAAAGAGAGUUACUACAAAAGCAGAGGAUAAACAUAGCAUUGUCACCAGUAAAGGUCCUUACACACCAGGCGCGAAUUUGCCAGGCGAAUUAUUCGCCUUUUUUUAAAACAGCAUAAAGUCAAUGCAAGCUUCCACACCGGCGGCGAUUUUUCCGCGGGGCAAAAAGUGUCUUUUAUUUUUUCGCUCUUGUGUCAAAUUUUUCGGAGAUUCGCAGGCGAAUAUCUGGACCUGCUAGACCUCUGGCCAAUCAAAAGCUUCUCAAUCAAUCAAAAACCAAUCCAAGCUUCUCCAGCCGUGUGGUCAGCUGCUGGAGGAGGUCAUUAAAUUGCCCAAGGGACAUUCUAAAAUACUGGCGGAAUUUUGGGGGGUAGAACUUCAGCUGGAUGGUGGUGUGGAACUCACCCAUCUCCUUCCUCAAAGUCAAUAUGGGAUGUACCCAAACACUCCUUUGUUUAUCCUUCUGUCUUCAUUUUUUUGUCAAAAGCAUCACAACGAGCUCAUCAUCGCUUGAGGAUGUUGUUGACUCAAUUUCUUUGUUCUCUUUUCCUCCGUGGCACGAAAGAACUCGCGCCAAAGACAAUAUAUAUUUAUUAGUUCGCUUUGCAAAAUUUAUACGCAUAUUCGCUUCGCGCCUGGUGUGUUUAGGCGAAAGCAAUUUUUCGGACCGGCGAAUAUUUUCGCAUUUUCGUCUUGCUUUUUCGCUUCUCUCCGCAAAUUCGCUGGUGUGGAAGGACCUUUAAAGAGAUUGGCAAAUGACAGCACCAAAAAUAAGGGAGGAAUUCUAUAUGACAAGGUCGAAACACAUAUCUCUGACAACCGUGAAAUGAUGUUUGAGAAAGGCUGGUCUGAAGGGUUGUGUAUCUGCAAAAAAAAAAACACUAUUUCGUCCACAGAACAAGAAAAAGAGAUAUGAGUGGGCAAAGGUUCACAAAAACUGGACUCAUGACUAGAAACAAGUUUGCACUGUUAGGUUCAAAACGCAGAGUCUAUGUCCACAGACAAACUGGUGAACAUCUGAUAGCACCAUGUGUUACACCCACAAUUCAGCAUGGAGGUGGUAGUUCCAUGGUAUGGGGAUGUUUUGUGGUUGAUGGAGUAGGAGAUUUGUUUGAAGUGAAAGGUAUCAUGAAGAAGGAACAGUACCACUCCAUCCUCCAGCACCAUGCUGUUCCAUCUGGACUCAGACUUGUGGCUCAUAAUUUUGUUUCUCUGCCAAGCUCUGUCAGGAUUACCUAGACAAAAAAAGAAGAGGAAAGUGUUCUUCAAAAGAUGGUUUGGCCCCCUCAGUCUCCAGACCUUUCUCCAGUUGAGCUUGUGCGGGAUGAAUUGGAUCGAUUGGUCAGAAAAACGCGUCCCAUGAAUCAGCAGUCUCUUUUUAAUGAAUUUAAGAAAGCUUGGAAUGCAAUCCCUGAAACAUACCCUAAAAAACUUGUGGAACGAAUGCCUGGUAUAUGCCAAGCUGUUGUUAAAGCCAGAGGAGGUUACUUUAAAGAAAGCAAAGUCUAAGCAACAAUAACUCAAAUACCUCAUAAUUAUAGUCAAAAUGUCUUCUGAUAAGUUACUCUUUACACAAUAAUCAUGUUUAUUGUGUUGCAAAUUAAUAAAUAUGAAACUAUGAUCUGUUUUUGUACAAAUCUGAUCUUGCUUCCAAACUUUUGGCCUGUAGUGUACAUUCAAGUACAACACAGAGUUGUGCCACAUCCAGAAGUUCUCAGAUGACACUGCGAUUGUGGCGUGUGUUAGGGAUGGUCAGGUGGAAGAGUACAGGAACCUUAUCCAUGAAUUUGUCACCUGGUGUAAGUCCAACUACCUGCACAUCAGUGCCUCCAAAACCAAGGAGGUGGUGGUCGACUUCAGGAGGCCCAGGCCCGAUGGUCACAGGCCUCCACCAUACCUGGGACUGCAUCUGAAUGAGAGGCUGGACUGGUCCCCAAACUCAGACAUCCUGUACAGGAAGGGGCAGAGCCGACUGUAUUUCCUAAGGAAGGUCUGUUCCUUUAACAUCUGCAACGAACUGCUACAGAUGUUCUAUCAGACAGUCAUAGCCAGUGCUCUCUUCUAUGCUGUGGUGUGCUGGGGAGGAAGCAUCAAGAAGAGGGAUUCCUUGCGGCUGGACAGACUGUUAAGGAGCGCGGGUUCCAUAGUUGGUGCAGAACUGGUCUCCCUGACAUCUGUGGCAGAACAGAGAACUCUUGCCAGGUUCCUUUCCACCCAGGACAACCCCCAUCACCCUCUGCACAGCACCAUCUCCAUGCAGAGGAGCUCCUUCAGUGACAGGCUGUUAUCAGUGUCGUCCCGCACUGACAGAUUGAGGAGGUCAUUUGUCCCCCAGGCCAUUAAUGUAAGUUAUUAACUUGGGAAGUUUCAUGGUGAUAUCUGUUAGUUGAAAAUUUUACCCUAUUUACCUGGGGUGUCUCCCCGGGCUUCCUACCCAUCAUGGACGCCAUCUUGAAAAUGACACCUUUCUAGUGGUCAAACUUUGGUAAACUUUUAGUUUGUUGUUAAGGAUAUCUGAUACUAUUAAAAAACAACUGAGAAACCUUUGUUAGAAUUUUUUUUAGGGUCAAGUGUUUUCUUUUAAUUCAUAAAUGCACCCGCCUAAUUACCACCUGGGACAUCAUCAUUUACCUGAGCAGGUGUGUCUCCCCCCCAACAGGUAGACCCUCACAUAUCACAGGUCAACAUGUCUUCUCCAUGACGACGAGGCUGCAGUCCUCAGUGGACUCCUCCUAUGACCCGCUGCUGUUACCGUCCCCUGGUUGGUUGCUUGUCACCUGUCCGUCAGCAUGCAGCUGACCUAUCAGAAGCUCCCCACGCAGCUCAGGCGUAGCUCCAGACUCAGGAAGCUGACGGCCAUCCUGCUUGCCGCCUAUGCGGUUAAAAAACUGACACCGUACGUCUGGAAGAGGUUACAGGUGAGACACUUUGAUAAGUAUUCCAGAAGUACAAAUAAAAGUAAAAGUACUUCAAUUACACAGGAUCUGUAUUUACUCUGAUUAAAACAAACAUCUAACUAUCACACAUCUAUAUUUUAAACACACAAAAUCAGUCACAGUGAGACCCAGCACAGGUGCACAGGUGUGUACAACAGUACAAUCACAUCAAAUCAGUUAUUUGAUCUUUGAGUGUGUUUGUUUUGUUUUCAGAGAAGUGCAGCAGGUAAACAACUGGGUGGGAAUAACCUUCCUGUGGGCGUGGUUAGCACCUCCUCCAGCUGUGCCGAUAGCAAUGCAGAGAAGCAGAAAAGACUCAGCAGGUAAGUAUGUGUUUAUGUCUGUCUGUGUGUGUGUGUGUGUGUGUGUGUUAUAGUUUUCAUUCAUCUGAUAACUGUUAUGUUUCUCUGUGUGUGUGUGUGUGUGUGCAGGUCUCCAGCAGUAAACAGGGACUUUGUCCUCAGACUGUCUCGGUUGUUGAAGCUCUUGUUUCCACGGUUACUGUGUCCAGAGAUCGGCCUGCUGGUCCUCCACUCCCUAACCCUGAUGUCCAGAACCUUCCUGUCCAUCUACGUGGCUUCUCUGGAUGGUGUGUGUGUGUGUGUGUGUGUGUGUGUGUGUGUGUGUGUGUUUAUUAGUAUAGAUUAUUACAAAAUAAAAUCCUCAAACUUAACCCGGAUGAUCAGCUGUGUGUAUUGAUUAUUGAUCAGGUGUGAUCGUCAGGUGUAUCGUACAGAAGGACCCUCAGGCGUUCAUCAUGCAGCUCUCUAAGUGGCUCCUUGUGGCCGUGCCCGCCACUUUCAUCAACAGCACCAUCCGGUUCCUGGAGGGUCAGCUGACCCUCAGCUUUAGGAGCCGAUUGGUCGACCAUGCCUACCAGCUUUACUUCACCAAUCAGGUAACAGACACAUCAGCACGGCGGUUUAGACAGAUGUCACAUGGCGAUUCCAGAACAUGUCCUCGCCCGAUUCACUGACUAAAGACGUCACACCUGUUGUAAAUGUCAUCAUGGCGUCUCUUUUUGUCUCUGCACAGACGUAUUAUCGUGUCAGCAACAUGGACGGCCGUCUGUCCAAUCCUGAUCAGUCUCUCACCGAAGACAUUGUCAUGUUUUCAGCCUCCAUCGCUCACCUGUACUCCAACCUGACCAAACCCAUCCUGGACGUGGUGGUCACCUGCUACACCCUGCUGCGUACCGCCCAGUCCAAAGGUACACGGUGUCCACCUGAGUCAGCAUCUGAGUCAGUGUCGUCCUGUGUCCUCACCAUAGACUGUAUAUACUAUGGACAACUUGGUUCUGCCUACCGAAUAUACGAAUUUGAAGCCAAAUAGCUCUCGGUAUUUCCGGUAUUUUUCUUCAUUUCCUAAAACUAGCACUGCACAGUAGUGAUGCGUGCAUUCAGGCACGCAGUCGGCUGGAGUCGCUGUGAUUUUAAAGUAUCAACAUCUAUAAAAAAACCUGGGCGUAAUUUUCUCAGUUUUAUUCCACACAUUAAAAACAUAGCAAAGGUAGGUUUUUACCACCUUGAAAGUAUAGCCAGAGUCCGCCCGUUUCUCUCUCAGGCCAGCAGGAGGUGCUGAUGCAUGCUUUUAUCUCCUCACGUUUAGAUUAUUGUAACACCCUGCUCUCUGGCCUCCCAAAGAAUAACUUACAUACACUUCAGCUUUUACAGAAUUCAGCUGCAAGAGUGCAGACAAGGGCCAGAGGGCGAGAGAACAUAACGCCAGUUUUAGCAUCGCUGCAUUGGCUCCUCAUCCGAUUCAGGGUUGAUUUUAAGGUUCUUUUAUCAGUUUUUCGAUGUAUUAAUGGUCUUGGCGCCUCCUAUUUAUCUGAUCUACUUUUACCAUAUCAACCCUCGUGGACCCUGAGGUCCUCCGGCACAGGCCUUUUAACCUUACCCAAAGUCAAAACAAAAACACACGGGGAGGCGGCUUUCAGUUUUUAUGGUUUUUCUGGUUCCACAACAGUUUUUUUAGUUGUGGAACAGCCUGCCGGAGAGCCUCAGGGCUGCAGAGACUGUUGAUAUUUUUAAAAAGAGGCUCAAGACUCACUUUUUUAACCAGAAUUUUUACUAAUUGCCAUUUUAGAUUUCUCUUAUUGCAAAUGUUAAUUUUAAUCAAAGUUCUUAAUGUUAAUUUUAUGUCAUUCUAUCCAUUAUCUCUGUUCUUAGCCUUUUUUUUUAUUUACCGUCACAGGUUUUUACUUCUUUUACCCCUUUUAUUUAUUUGUUCAUUUAAUAUUAUUAUUUUCUUAUUUUAGUCCAUCAGGUUUGACUCUUCACCAUUUUUAUCUCUAUUUUUAUCUCCAGUGUUUCCUAAAGGUACCUUUUUCCUCAUGUAAUGUCUCGGUGUCAGGCCAUGUCUCUUAAACUCUUAUCGUAAAUUCUCACACUGUGUGCGGUUGUGUGUGUGUGUGUAUGUGGGGGUGAGUGAGGGUGGGUGUGUGUCUUUGUGUGCGUGUGGGUCCAUUGGUGUAUGUGUGGGUGGAAGGGUUGGGUUUUUGUCUUCAUUGUUGUUUUUAGCCUCUGUGAGGCACUUUGAAUUGCAUUUCCUUAUGUAUGAAAAGUGCCAUAUAAAAAAAGCUGAAUUGAAUUAAAUUUAAUUGAUGACGCUCGGCUCAAACAGCUUAUCCCCCGGGAGAGCCACGCAAUCCCUGAACGCCCAUAGGCUGUAUCAGGUGUCAGUCAUAGAAAACAUGAACCCCCUAAUAACUUUCAAAAACAGAGCUUCACAGAAAAAAGAGGACUUGAGCACAAACCAGUCUUACUGUAACUACAUGUCAACAUCACAAGCAGGGGGGAGAAAAAUUGAUGUUCUGUGCAAUAAAUUUCUAAAGUUUGUCCACAACUCCAUAAGCUUUGCUGACGGAGGCGGGAUUUAUGACCUAUACACCGAUUCGGGUGAGCGGUUUGUGUACACCGCCAUCUUGUGGCGGUGCCAUUGCUGCGGUGUGCAACGUCAUGAAGUUCUCAUGCUAUCAACAAAUAAACGUAUGCUAGUGAAUAGUGUCUGAGAGCAUCAUUGACAGCAUGAGUAAAGUCACCUGGUUUGAUGAUGUCAGACAGUGGCCUCCGGUAACUGAUGAAGGUAUCUUAAAUUAAUACCGAUAUUAAUUUGGGAAUUAAUACGAUGAAAAGUAUGAAGUAUUUCAUUGUGAAAUACUGAAGUAGGAGGAAAUGUGUGUGUAAACACUGGCUAGGCUACAUUUGUACCGACCCUCGCAAGCUAACAGGCAAUUAAUCAUUAUGUACAAGCCUACGUGAUUAAAAAAUAAUGUAGGAAUUAAAUAUUUGUUUCAUGGGCUGUCAGUGUUACGCCGUCAAAUGCAUGCCUGCCAAGAUCUAAAUGCGGGGCGUGGGAUCGCGCACAACUAAGAACUGAAUGGAUGUUACAUUAGCUCAGCUCUUAGCAACAUGGACAGUCUUCUUUCAGUAACGGCAUGUGCGUCUCACAUAUCGACUUUUUCCACGACUGUAGUCUUUUACUGUUGUUGUAACAGCCGAUGACGGCACACGUCCUCCCAGACUGACUUGACACAGUUGUGCAGGGUUGCUUGUGUCGCUGCUUACAGCACUGCUUCUCGUUCGCUUUGCUCACACCGCAGUAAUGGCGGCCGUACUACUUCCGGUCAUUUCGCAGAAUCAGUGUAUACUGCAGCCCAUCAACAGAGGGUGCUGUUCUCUUGGUGGCUUGACCCAGCAAGGAGGCAAACGCUGCCCAUUCUUUAUAUAGUCUAUGGUCCUCACCCAUCCUCUUCUCUCGGCAGGUGCUAACACCACCUGGCCCUCCGUCAUCGCCGGCCUGGUUGUGGCGCUUACCGCCAAAGUCCUGCGCUCGUGCUCGCCACGCUUUGGGAAGCUGGUGGCAGAGGAGGCGAAGAGGAAAGGAGACCUGAGGUACAUGCACUCACGCAUCAUCGCCAACUCAGAGGAGAUCGCUUUCUACGGAGGACACAAGGUGAGCGCUGACACCUAAAAUUCCCCCUUAGUGGAGAAAUGCCAGAAACUUCCUCUGGUGUUGAUAAAUGACAGCCCUGAUGGUGUGGGUGUGUUCUAUUCGUAGGUGGAGACAGCCUUGAUGUUGUGGGUGUGUUUGAUUCAUAGGUGGAGAUGUCCCUAAGGUUGUGGGUGUGUUCUAUUCGUAGGUGGAGAUGUCCCUUAUGUUGUGGGUGUGUUUGAUUUGUAGGUGGAGACAGCCUUGAUGUUGUGGGUGUGUUUGAUUCAUAGGUGGAGAUGUCCCUAAGGUUGUGGGUGUGUUCUAUUCGUAGGUGGAGAUGUCCCUUAUGUUGUGGGUGUGUUUGAUUUGUAGGUGAAGACGGCCCUGAUGUUGUGGGUGUGUUUGAUUUGUAGGUAGAGAUGUCCCUGAUGUUGUGGGUGUGUUUGAUUCGUAGGUGGAGAUGUCCCUGAUGCUGUGGGUGUGUUUGAUUCGUAGGUGGAGAUGUCCCUAAGGUUGUGGGUGUGUUUGAUUCAUAGACGGAGAUGUCCCUGAUGCUGUGGGUGUGUUUGAUUCGUAGGUGGAGAAAGCCCUGGUGGUGUGGGUGUGUUCUAUUCGUAGGUGGAGACAGCCUUGAUGUUGUGGGUGUGUUUGAUUCAUAGACGGAGAUGUCCCUGAUGUUGUGGGUGUGUUUGAUUCGUAGAUGGAGAUGGGCCUGAUGUUGUGGGUGUGUUUGAUUCGUAGGUGGAGAUGUCUCAGCUGCAGAGGAGCUACAGCUCCUUGUCGUCUCAGAUCCAUCAGAUCCUGCUCAAGCGUCUCUGGUACAUCAUGUUGGAACAGUUUAUGAUGAAGUACAUGUGGAGCGCGUCUGGACUUGUCAUGGUGGCGGUUCCCAUCAUCACUGCCACAGGAUACUCCGAAUACGGUACUCACACACCACACACACAACUGCUCGUUCACGCACACAGGCAUGCACAGUGUGUGACCUCUGACCUUUGAUGUCACCAGACUCUGAGGAGGUGAAGAAGGCGGCUCUGGUGAUGAAGGAGGAGGAGCUUGUGAGCGAGAGGACACAGGCCUUCACCACAGCGAGGAACCUCCUCAAUGCUGCUGCUGAUGCCGUGGAGAGGAUCAUGAGCUCCUACAAGGAGGUGAACUUCCUGCUCCUCUUCACCUCCUAUUCAACACUUCACUUGUUGUCUCCUCUCCUGCUCCCUUCUUCUUGUCUGUCUCCUCCUCCUCUGCUCCCUUCUUCCUGUCUGUCUCCUCCUCUCUGGCUUCCUUCUUCCUGUCCGUCUCCUCCUCACCUGCUCCCUUCUUCCUGUCUGUCUCCUCCUCUCUUGCUCCCUUCUUCCUGUCUGUCUCCUCCUCUCCUACCUCCUUCAGUCCCCUUGUUUGUUUUCUCCUUUUCUGCUUCCUUCGUUUCCUCCUCCUCCCUCUCCUUGUCUGUUUCCUACUUUUUCAUAACUGUCUCCUUCUCUCCUUUUCCCUUAUCUUGUCUAUUUGUCUCUUUUUUGUUUCCUCAUCAUUUUCUGGUUUGUCUCUUUUUUUCGUCUUCUUCCCUCCUUUCCUCCCGUCCUCAGGUAACCGAGCUGGCUGGUUACACCUCUCGUGUGUCUGAGAUGUUGGAUGUUUUCGAAGAUGUGAAGGAGGGGAUCUACCGUCGCGCUGCAGAAACAGAGGAGCAGCUCACAGGAGGAGGAGGAGGAGGAGGAGGAGGAGGAGGAGGAGAAGGACAGGUGAUGCAGCACGGUCAGAGGGUCUGUGGUCCUCUGCAGAUCAGAGGUAAACAGCUGUUUUAAUCAAGUAACAGGUGCGCACAGUCUGCCUUACCGCACCUUUCUGCUGCAGUGGGAGGAGCUUAAACUGGAGGUUUAAUGGACUCAUAAGUGUGUGUGUGUGUGUGUGUGUGUGUGUGUGUGUGUGUGUGUGUGUGUGUGUAUGUGUGUGUGUGUGUGUGUGUGUGUGUGUGUGUGUGUGUGUGUGUGUGUGUGUGUGUGUGUGUGUGUGUGUGUGUGUGUGUGUGUGUGUGUGUGUGUGUGUGUGUGUGUGUGUGUGUGUGUGUGUGUGUGUGUGUGUGUGUGUGUGUGUGUACACAGGACAUGUGAUCAGCAUGGAGAAGGGGAUUCGUUGUGUUAAUCUGCCAAUCAUCACACCAACCGGAGAUGUAGUGGUUUCUUCCCUCAACAUUCAGGUACACACACACACACAUACACACACACUUAUACAUUGCCACUAAAAGUCUUCCAGUUUAAGUGCUGUCUAACCCCCAAUUUCCACCGCAUACUGAACGGCUACGAAAAGGCUGUAUCCGUAGCUGAUCGUAACCAUUCAAGUCAACGUGUCAAUUUCCACCGGCUUCUUUCCGUUCCUCUGCAGAUCGCCGGACUCCUCAGCUGAUCGCAAGAGUUCUAUUUUUUCCGGACGCCGGAGCAUGCCAGAUAUAUUUAGCACAGAUUAUAUGUGCUGGAAAGGAAGUCGGGCACAGACACAAAAUAAACAUCCGGCUUCUUUUCAAAAUAAAACACUCUGUGUUUCAGGAGGAUCGUAUUUCACACCAUGCACACUGGCAGAGAGGAACAAGUGAAAGGUUUUUAGACGUCAUUUCACCCCGAUGACACCAUGGAUGAGGAGAAGAUGAUUCUAGAAGUCUAGAAGUAGAUUUCCUCCUCUGGAAGGACACAAUCUACUGCUUAUAUGUCUAUGUGUCUGUCUUUAUAGAGACUACUUGUUAUUGCGUGAUUGAACGUGAAUCUGCGGGCUCUUGUGAGUUCUCCUGAUUACCACUGUCCGUAAUCCGCCACGAAAUUCGCCUCUUAAAUGGAUCCGGUAGGAAUUGGUGGAUGGUAAAUAUCGCUGCCAUUCCGGAGUCAGUGAAAACUGGGGGUAAAUUUUCAUAGUGGGAAAUGGGUGGGGCUUAUUGAACCUGAUACGGAGCGUGUUCAUUUGCAUUUUCAUUGUCCCGACUCCUCAACCUGGACUGUCUCAUUUUUCGGGUCCCCUCUGUCACGGUUCCAAGUAACCCUGAAGAGUGGAUCAAGAUGGUCAAUGUGUGCAAUCUGGAUUAUGUUAUUGGAUGGAUUAUAAACUGAUGACAGAUAGAGGACAGUCGAACCCAGACCACCUGUGCCAUGGUCAGAGAAAACACCACUCUGGGACAUGUUUUCAUGUGUCUGCCUCUGUCUCAUAGACUGUGUAUACUAUGGACAACUUGGUUCUGCCUACCGCCUGUAUACGGAUUUGAAGCCAAAAAGCUCUCGGUAUUUCCAGGAUUUUUCUUCACUUCCUGAAACCAGCGCUGCGCAGUAGCGAUGCGAGCAUUCGGCCGCCGAGUCACCGAGAGUCGCUGUGAUGACGCUCAGCUCAAACAGCGUAUCCCCUGGGAGAACUACGCAAUCCCUGAACGCCCAUAGGCUGUAUCAGGUGUCAAUCAUAGCAAACAUGAACCCCCUUAUAACUUUUAAAAACGGAGCUUCACAGAAAAAAGAGGACUUGAGCACAAACCAGUCCUACAGUAACUACAUGUCAACAUCACAAGCGAAAAGGAGAAAAAUGUAUGUUCUGUGUAAUAAAUUUCUAAAGUUUGUCCACAGCUCCAUAAGCUUUGCUGGCGGAGGCGGGAUUUAUGACCUAUACUGCAGCCCAUCAACAGAGGGUGCUGUUCUCGGAGUGGCUUCACCCAGCGAGGAGGCAGACUCUGUCCAUUCUAUAUACAGUCUAUGGUCUGUCUCCAGUCAGCUGGUGUAACCUGUGCAAGGAAACGGCAUCUCCUGGGAUGAAAAGAGUGGAUUAUGAUAAUGAGUUAUGACAGUUUGGUUCCUGUCUUGUCUUCUGACUCUCUCUCUCUCUGCAUAAUCAAGAUCAGAUCGUUGUUUCCACGGCUUACGGUGGCCUGUGAGGAAAGAGAGAUUACAGCUUCAUUUUGGUUAAAACUGUUGCAGGUAAAAGGACCACAGCCUGAGAGCAGUGCAUUGUGGGUCAGUGACCACAUGGUGUCAGUGUUGGUCCUGAUAUUUAAUCCGGUCCUGCUGCAUGAUUCAGAACUUGACUUCUCAUUUUUCAUCAUAAACCAUAGCUGACAAACAAGCGUCUGGAACACUGAGGCAUUCUGAUGAUGAUGAAGUCACUGUGCUAAUGAGCACGCUCAGUGCGCUCACCCCUCGGCUCUCCAUUAUCUCUUUUUCCAUUGCUCUCUUUUAUCUUUUCUUUUUCUUUCUCUCCGCUCCAGUUUUCUGUCUGAGGCUGGGGUCAGAGGUCAGAGCUGCAGCUCAUUAGCAUUUACACACACACAGACACACUGCACGCACAGACAUAUGCAUGCACACAUCAACACAAUGGGGGAAUUAUUCAGAGGGCUCACACUGACAGGAAGGAAACAGACGGACGGAAACACCACAGAAGAAGAACAUUGAUGGAAACAGAAAUUCUUCGCUGUCGUCUGACUCUCUACCUCUGACCUCAUGGGUCUGACUCCUGCUCUCUGAUUGGUCAGUGCCCUCUCAGUGCCACCCCGAAGUCACAUGUAUGAGGACAGUUUAACACGCCUCGGAUACAAACCGGCUGGACACACACUCACACACGUUUAGGUUUGUCUUCAUUCCUGGCAUCUGGGAUCUGGGGGGGGGGGGUUCAGCUCUAGAGUUGGAGGCAGCAAGUGAAACAGGUUUGUCCACACUGUCAUGUUUCCUCACACAUGCACACACUCACAGAAAGUAAACAUACAGAGACGUCCAAUUUGAAGCAGAGUGAUAUUAAAGGAACACGGCGUCACAAUCAGCAGAAUUAUGAAUCUCUUUUGGUCCUUAACGGACACCAUCGCCUCAUUCGUUUACAUGCACAGUUUAAUUGGAUUAAGCUAAUAAUUCCUUUUUUCACCGAAUCAGACUUCUCUCCUUAUCCACGUAUAUACGCAGCUGAGAAAAUCGAAUUAUUGACGUGAACAUGUCCUCCCCAAAACUAGGGGGCGAUAUGGGUUUUUACAGCGACGCUGUUUCUGACCCCGCACAACUGUCAACAACAACAACAGCAGGUCCGUACCAGACGUCAGAAGUGUCUACAACUGCUGCUGGGCAUUUUAGAGCAACAAGAUGGAGUGUACAGCAUUAUUUUUGUCGUACAUGAUGAACGCGCUACUUUUUCUGCUGAUGAGAUGAACUCUACUCUUCUUCUCUGGUCUUUUUGCUCUGGGGUUAUGGGGGCGUGGUGCAUGUGCACAUGCAUUGUCCGAUCAUACUCCGACUACGCUGGUUACAUGGUAGAGAAAACUGAAUUCCAAUCGAAUUAUCUGGGUGUCUUAAUUGGAGUUCUCAAACUGCGAUUAUAGCCGGACUAAGGUGUUCAUAUGCACUUCAGUUGUCCAGUCUUAAUCGGAAUAAGGUGAUAAUUCGGUUUACUCGAGUGUCAUGGAAAUGUACUGUACUGGUCAAUUUCAAUUUUUUUAACCAUAUGUGACACAUAUCUGAUUUUUUCUUGUAAGUGUGAACAGUGCAAUUCAGAUUUUUUUCAAAUCCGACCCAGGCCUCUUUUGUAUGUGGAUAUAAAUCUGAUAUGUAUCCGAUGUGACUGCAGUGUGGACACUCAGGUCGCAUUCAUCCGACCUUUACGUCAUCAAUAUGCAACAAACGUCACCAUACUUCGACAACACAAACCGGCGCAGAAAGCAAUGGUGGACGAGGAAACGGAGAACAGCUAGUUGUGGGCAUGCGGGUCACUACACAGACGCAUUCCGUCCACAUUAGAUGCCACAUUCAUUGUUGUAAUGUGAGUGACUGCACAAAAAGAUCGGAUUUAACAAAAAAUCCGAGUUGUGCAUCAUAAUCUGCAGUGUGAACGUAGCCUUACUGCUAGAUGGUGUUGAAUAUCCCCAAACUAUGAACCGCAUCUUUAAUAACUAAUCAGACUUUUCUGAAACUACACAUUAAGAAUAAUGACAGUUGAGGUUUAUCGUUGAUCUGAAGGGGGCGAGUGUGGUAAUCAAGUGUGUGUGUGUGUGUCUGUCUGUCUGUCUCAGGUGGACGAGGGGAUGAACGUGUUGAUCACUGGUCCAAACGGCUGUGGGAAGAGUUCUUUGUUCAGGAUCCUCAGUGGACUGUGGCCCGUUUAUGGAGGAGUGCUGUACCGCCCAGAACCCCAGCACAUGUUCUACAUCCCGCAGAGGUGCUCACGCUCUUGUUACACCUUUAUUACCUGUCGAACUUUGGCUGCAGUCUUGGUCUUUUAAGAAAUCUGUGUUAGAUUCACGUUUUCCUGUUUUGUGUUGUUGUUGUUGUUGUUGUUGUUGUCAUGAAGUGUUGUGACAGUGUUGUUGUGAAGUUUGUUUUUGUUGUUGUUGUGUUUUGGCCAUAGACUGUAUAGAAUGGACAGAGUCUGCCUCCUCGCUGGGUGAAGCCACUUUGAGAACAGCACCCUCUGGUGACGGGCUGCAGUAUAGGUCAUAAAUCCCGCCUCCGCCAGCAAAGCUCAUGGAGCUGUGGACGAACUUUAUAAAUUAAUGACACAGAACAUAAAUGUUUCUCCCCCCUGGUUGUGAUGUUGACAUGUAGUUACAGUAAGACUGGUUUGUGCUCAAGUCCUUUUUUUUCUGUGAAGCUCCGUUUUUAAAAGUUAUUUGGGGGUUCAUGUUUUCUUUGAUUGACACCUGAUAAAGCCUGUUGGCGUUCAGGGAUUGCGGAGCUCACCGGGGGGGGUGUGUUGUUUGAGCUGAGCGUCAUCACAGCAACUCUCGGCGACUCUCCUGCCAAAUGUGCGCAACACUAUUGCGCUACAACGCUACUUUCUCAGGAAAUGAAGAAAAAUCCCGGAAAUACCGAGAGCUUUUGGGCUUCAAAUCUGUAUACAGGCGGGAGGCGGAGCCAAGUUGUCCAUAGUAUACACAGUCUAUGGUUUUGGCCUUACGCCCUCUAAAGGAGGUUUUACAUCACCGCAGACAGCUUUGUUUUGUGUCCAGGUUUCCCUGUAACAGAGGAUUUGGUACGUUUCCACACUUUGUUCUGAGAGGUUAUAAAUCAGCGCACUUCUUUCAGAGAAUAGAAGGUAAAAGUAAUGCAGUAAGGACUGGUUUAAACUUUAGGAUUUAGAGGUGGGGUAGGCAGGAUUCUGGUAAAAAAGCAUCUUAUCUUGGGGUGAAUUUACAAAAACGCUUUUAAUAUCAGUCGAUCCUUAUUAGUUAUUGAUGAUAUUUGGGAAUAUAACAAUAUCGCUGUGUUCUCUUGUGUCUGUGUACCGUAUUUUUCGCACUAUAAGGCGCACUUAAAAUCCUUUUGGCUUGUUGGAGCACUGCAGCUACCGUAGCCUUGCAGAGUUAUUGAAUGAGUUCAGUAAAGUUGGACUUAUCUGACUGUUUUGUUUAGCUUAAUGCACUUUAUAAUUCGGUGCGCCUUAUGUAUGAAAAUAGACGCGUUCAUUGAUGGUGUGCCUUAUAAUCUGGUGCGCCUUAUAGUGCGAAAAAUGCAGUAGUCAACGUUUUAACAUGUUUGAGCGGCCUGCUCAUUCAAACAAAGCCGUUCUCCGCCUCUCCAAACUUGAUUGGUUGUGAGGCGGACGCUGCUCCCCCGUGUUGUAAGGCACGCAUCACGUCCUUGAAUAACGUUCACGAGCCCGAACAAAGUUAGAGGGCUAGAAUAUCGGAUAGUAGAAUCCAACCAGAAAGUUUGAAAAAUUGUCUGAAUCCUCCUUUGGCCACGACUGCCACCACAAGCAAGAAAACAAAGUAAAUACCGGAGACUCUGGAGGAAUAACGGGCGCUUAAAACGGAGGUAGACCAGACAAGAGCUAAAAAGACAGGUCAGCAUUAGAAAUGCACCGAUCCAUUUUUUCUGAUCCAUUCUGUUAUCAAUACCUGGGCUGAGCAUAUCGGCCGUUAUCCGAUACCGAUCCAAUAUUACUGUUGAAUGAAUUAACUGCGAACCUUGCCCUGUGAGUGAAGGCAUCAGGCUUGGCAUUAGCUUUGUUAAAAAAAAGGUAACAAUUUAACACAGAUAUAAAUUUACUUCAUAUUAUUUAUUAACAAAUAACAAAUUACACAUUAGCACAGAGCAAAAAGAAGUAAGACUUGCAUGUAAACAUUUAGAGCAGAACGAUAGACAUAAAAUAUAGAGCGAACAGAAUGGCUGUGUUUCUGUGUGUGAUAUUAAUUAAAAGAAAAAAAAAGACUGGAUCGGCAUCAUUCAUCAGAUAUCCCAUCCAGUUAAUUUGCCAAUAUCUGAGCUGAUAUCCAAUCCAAAUAUUGAAUUGGUGCAUCCUUAGUCAACAUCAGUGAACACUUGGGGAUCUUGGUGACCCUGUAACCUUGAUGCUGGACAGGUAAACCGCUUUAACAAAGUAAGACAAGUGUCUGUAACAGAAGUGUUUCUUGUCAAACGGACCUGCUGUAGCGUGUUGUAGCGCCAUCGCUAAACUGUCCUCCCUCGGGUCCUGGACUAUGUCACUUUAUCCUCGUUGUAGAAGUCCUGCAAACAUUGUGUUUGCAGGUAGUCUGUUGGCAUCUACAGUAGCACCAAUGCUUUUGACUUUCACCAUGAUAUGAGCGAGCAGGAGCGUCUGUUUGUGGGCGGGGCUUGAUGGAGCAGAGAGGGAGGGGAGAGGAGGAGCUGAGGGGAAAACUGGUUGGGAGGGGUAGAGUUUACAUUCAAGAUUUUUCCUAAAAACUGGCACUUCCUCAGAUCCUGACUACAACACCUUUAAUUCAGAAAGAAAACAAAAAAUCAAAUCCAAAAUCCACCUGGACUUGACAUCAAGAAAAUCUGUAAAGCUCGAUCAGACUCAGGUGGAUCUGGUCUGAGAAGGUGCUCCAGGUUCUCUCUGUAACAGUGAUGUCGUCCCCUGCAGGCCCUACAUGUCUGAGGGGACCCUCAGGGACCAGGUGAUCUACCCGGACUCAGUGGAGGAGAUGGUUCAGAGAGGGGUCACAGACUCAGAUCUUGAGGAGAUCCUGGGGACGGUGCACCUGCUCUACAUCCUGGACAGAGAGGGAGGUGAGUGUGUGUUGAUGGUUUCUCCAUGUUGGUGAACUUAUCCGCUGACUUCAGCAAAAACAAAGAUCAGGAUCCAGAGUUUUUGUCCCCAGGCUGGGAGUCGGUCCGAGACUGGAAGGAUGUUUUGUCUGGAGGAGAGAAGCAGAGGAUGGGGAUGGCUCGCAUGUUCUACCACCGGUAAAUAUUCACUUCCUGUCUCCUGGGGGGCCAUACUUUUUUUCCUAGGAUGAUGUCAUCACACGCUCAAGCCGAACGCGGGCUGUAGGCUCUGUACAUCAAACAGAACAUUACAGAACAUUGUCACAAAUCUGAAUCUCCUAACCCUAACCUAACAGAUGAUGACGUUUCACAGCCAUAAGGAGUAGGGCUGCAACUAACGAUGAAUCUGUCGACUAUUUUAAUAACUAAUCGAUUAAUCGGAUAAACACAGAAACUUUUUUUUUUGCUUUUGUCGAAGAGUGAUUGAAGAUAAUUAUUAGUAUAAUAAUCUAAUAAAUACAAUGGAGUAUGAGGGCCACAUUAAGAAAGAAAAAAACAUUUUUAAAUCUUUGAGAUUAAAGUUAUUAUUUAGGAGAAUAAAGUCAUUAAUGACUUUAAGAAUAAAGUAGUAAAGUUACCUGUUGUGGAGGAGAGUUGUUAAAAUCAGCACUGAGGAGCAUUUAGAUGAAUUGUACUUUAGUAUAGGUUUCACAAACAUGGAGAUACUUAAUCCUUUGGUACAUCAGCGUUACACUGUCAUGAGUAUCAGAACUUUAAAAAGAAUAUAUGAGAAAUGCUGCUUUUGUGGAGGGAAAUGGCUGGAAAUGGCUGUACAGAGGCUAAAUUCAUCAAUGCAGCUGUUAAUAGCAAUAGCAUAGGGCUUUAGUUUAUCAUAUGAGUUUAUCUGCCAUGAGGUGUUGAGGUCUCUGCAUGUGUAGGUUACUGACUUACUGUAAUCAUCGGGUCUAUCCCGUCCUUAUAAAAACCUGCUCUAUUUCGGCGAGUGUCUGUCUUCUUCUGUAGUCAAACCGCAAGAUAUCAAAAUCUACCCGGAUACAGCAAUGCUGCUUUUUGAUUGGCUGUUCAGUAGACAUACUUUAUUUGAUUGGCUUGCUUACAAUGUGUGGCGUGUGAACGGGUGGGAAUGCGUGUGUCACACACUGAAUGCGUGAGACUCGAGAGCCCUGUGCUCACGCAUCAUCGAUGUACUCCCGAGCCAUGCAAAACGGUCUUUGCAAAUGUUGCACUGAACGCCUUCCUUUUCAGUCUUGGUGAAGUUUUCCCACACCACUGAUGUUUUAGGUCAGGAUUUGGGUUGGGUUGUGUCCAUGUUUUUCUCAGCUGCUGCCUCGGCCAUGGCUGUUUCUUUUCUGUGCGUCCUGCUGAUGUUUACACGCCGGUGUCCAUGGACAUAUAUAAAGACCCGACGAAUCGAUCACAGAAUUAGUUGGCAACGGAUUUUUUCGUCACGACGAAUCGACUUAAUCGAUUCGUUGUUGCAGCCUUAAUAAGGAAUAACCAAUCAGAGCCCAGCAAUUCUAGCCAAUCAGAGGCGAAGGAGGGCAGGACCUUCCCCUACCAUCCUCUGAAAUGUUCUGUGGUCCAGAUCUCUCUGUUAGUCUGUUGGGACCAGGACCAGAGUAUGACCUCGUCCCCCCCUCUCUCUCUCUCUCUCUCUCUCUCUCUUUCGCCCAGUCCUCGUUACGCUCUCCUCGAUGAGUGCACGAGCGCCGUCAGCAUCGAUGUGGAGGGGAGCAUCUUCCAGGCCGCCAAGGAUGCUGGGAUAGCCUUGCUGUCAAUCACACACAGACCCUCGCUGUGGUCAGUACACACACACACACACACACACACACACACACACACACACACACACACAAAGUGAUUGCGUUUAGGGGCUGUUCUCUGCUGACACCCCGGUCCCUCCCCCCACAGGAAGUACCACUCCCACCUGCUGCAGUUUGACGGAGAGGGAGGAUGGCGGUUCGAGCCUCUCGACGCUUCCACUCGUCUCUCCCUGCAGGUGAGUCCUGUGAUCAUGUGGUUUUUGUGAUGUCAUCACAGGUGAGCAGGAAGGUGGAAACACGCUUUGAUCUUUCAGAUGCAUGAUGGGAGAUAAUAACAAAAGAAUAGAGUCAAUCUGAAGAAGACGCCCGGUCAGCAGAUUUCCAUGAACCUCACAGGAGAGAAACAGAAAAAGAGAUCCUUCCUUUCUUUGUCGUUUUUUUCUUUUCUUCUUUCUUUUCUUCUUUCUUCUUGGCUUCCUUCAUUAAAUUCUUAUUUCUUUUACUUUUUUCUCUUGCCCUUUCUUUCUUUCAUCCCUUCCUUGGAUCUUCUAUCUCUCUGCCUUUCUACCUUCCUUUCUUCCUCCCCUUCUCCCUUCCUUCCUUUCUGUCUUCCUUUCUUUCCUUCCUUACUGCCUCCCAUUCUCCCUCCCCUCCUUCCUUUUUUGUACUCCUUCCUUUGCUUCCUUCCUUACCUUGUUUCUACUUACUCUCCUUCAUUACCUCUUUCCUUUCUUCCUCCCCUUCUUCCUUCCUUUCUUUCCUUCUUCCUUUCUUUCUUCCUUUCUUCCUCCCCCCUUCCUUUUUACUUCUUCCUUUCCUUUUCUUCCUAACCUUAUUUCUACUUCCUUUCCUUCUUUACCUCUUUCCUUUUCUCUUCCUUUCUUCCUUCCUUUCCUUACUUCCUUUCUCCCUCCCCUCCUGCCUUUUUACUUCUUUUACUUACCUCUGUACUUUUCACUUCCUUCCUUCCUUACCUUCUUUCUUCUUUUCUCCCUGCCUUCCUUUCUUCCUUCCAUCCUUCCUUUUUACUUCUUCCUUUCCUUUUCUUCCUAACCUUAUUUCUACUUCCUUUCCUUCAUUACCUCUUUACUUUUCCUUCCUUCCUUUCUUUCUGUGUUUCAUUACUUCUUCCUUCACUUAUUUCUUUCUUUCUUUGUUUCUUCCUCCCCUUCUUCCUUUUUGCUUCUUCCUUUACUUUUCUCCUGACCCUAUUUCUACUUCCUUUCCUUUAUGAUCCCUUUCCUUCCUUACUUUCUUCCUUCCUUCCUUACUUCCUUUCUCCCUCCCCUCCCUCCUUUUUACUUCUUUUACUUCCUUCCAGACCUUUUUUCUACUUCCUUACUUCAUUACCUCUGUACUUUUCACUUCCUUCUUUCUUUCUUUCUUCCUUCCUUUCUUCCUGCCUCCCUUUCUUCCUUUCUUCCUCCCCUCCUUCCUUUUCUUCCUAACCUUAUUUCUACUUCCUUUCCUUCAUUACCACUCUCUUUUUCUCUUCCUUCCUUCCUUCCUUCCUUCCUUUAUGUCUUGCUGUACUUCUUCCUUCACUUCUUUUCUUCUUCCUUUCUUCUUCCCCUCCUUCCUUUUUUGUGUUUUUUCCUUUACAUCCUUCCUAACCUUAUUUCCAAUUCCUUUCUUUCCUUCCUUCCUUCCUCCCCUCCUUCCCUCCUUCCUUCCUUCCCUCUUUGAUAUAAAAGUCUAUAACUGUGAAUGCUUCUGGCAGUCUGGUUGCACAUGACAUGCAGGUCUGUGUAUGUGUUCGUUGGCUACACACACACACACACACAGAUUCACAAACACACACACUCUCAGUUUUCACAGACGCUAAAGUAACUGCUGAGGGCUGACUGACAACUUUCUUUUGUUACCAUGGUAACCAGCUUCACAUCGGGGCUCACUGAAUGUGUGUGUGUGUGUGUGUGUGUGUCAAAACAAGAGACCAAACUUCAGCCAAUGAACUUUGUUCCUGUGGUCAUGUGGCUUUUUUGGCGUCGGCUGUAAUCCUGUGAAAUUUUAAACCCGGCUGAACGUCACAUCUCCUUUUUCCUGUUUCCUGUCUCCUGUUUCCUGCAGGAGGAGAAGCAGCGCUUGGAGAACCAACUGUCGGGGAUUCCCAAGAUGCAGCAGAGGCUGAGCGAGCUGUGUGUGCUGCUGGGGGAGAGAGAGGGGGAGGAGGGGGUAGAGUGACACACACACCUAUCAUAUGAUUCCAGCCCUGUGUGUUCAGGUCGUCUGGAUUCAAAAUAACUUUAUUCAAACUGAGCUGUGUUUACAAACAUGCAGUCAGCUGGUACACAGUUAACUGUCGAACUCCAGUAACAUGGUGAUUUACCUGGUGACGCCACAUCCGUGCCAUACCUCAGCUCCUCCUGGAACGAAGAUUUGAGAGUCGUAGAAAUCCGAGGCGGUCAGAUAGGAACAAUGAUUUAAAAAAUCACUCCAGUAAAAAUGAUUUUAAUAUAAUUUAAUAUUUUAGUUUAUUUCAACAGAUUUCCAGCGUCCUCACAUUGCAGUUUUUAAAUUUUCGAUGAUCAGACUUUUAUUUUGGAGGAGUUUUAUCAAUGACAUCACUUCCUAUUGGUAUUGAAGCAGCAAACAGCACUCUGCUCUGUCCCUGAACACGUCCUCACCUGUGGAGCUCCAGGUCGUGAUAUUUUCUUUUGUAGGAUGGUAGGGAAAAGUCCCGCCUCCUUCGCCUCUGAUUGGCUGUGAAACGUCGUCACACGCUCAAGCAAAACUCGGGCUGUCGGCUCUGUACAUCGAACAGACCAGAAUCGCAAUUCUGGAUCUAACCCGACAUACGAUGAUGUUUCACAGCCAUUAGGAAGAACCAAUCAGAGCCCAGCACUUCUAGCCAAUCAGAGUCGAAGAGGUUCCCAACGAGAUCCUAAUAGAGACCACAGUUUUUACCAGGAAGGAGUGAGUUAUCAUGAGUGUGCAAGAUACCUUCUAUUGUGCACACAGGAUCAAGACCUGAUCCCAGAAGAUUAGUAUCUUGUGCUUGCAAGAUAACCACCUGAAAACUUUAAUCAGUUCAGGUCUUCUGUAAUAACAGGAUGACUUUUCUUGUGGACAGAAGUCAGUAUCUUGUUGAAACCAGAUUUUAUCAACAGCACACAGGUCGUACUUCAGAGUUAUCUUAAGAAAAGGAAAAAUGAUCUUUAUAGAUGAACGAUGAUGGACGAUCAUCGGACUAAUGUCCUCAUGCAAAAUAACCACACCGUGCAAACAAGAUAGAAGUCAUCUUUUGUGCACAAGAUACCUGACUCAUACUCAACUUCCAACUGACUCGGAUAAAGUGGGUUUUAAAGUUACACUCAUAUCAGCAUUGAAAUAGUCCCAGGAAAAAGCCAGGUGGUAGGGGAAGGUCUCGCCCCGUUCGCCUCUGAUUGGCUGUGAAACGUCGUCACACGCUCAGGCCAAAGGCUGGCUGUUAGCUCUGUACAUCAAACAGAACAUUUUAGCAAUUCUGAAUCUCCUAACCCGACAAACGAUGACGUUUCACAGCCAUAAGGCAUGAACAUUCAGAGCCCAGCACUUCUAGCCAAUCAGAGGCGAAGGAGGGCGGGACCGUCCCCUUCUAUCCUCUGAAAAACUAUCGCCUUCAGGUCAGCAUAAUUCAGACAGGUGUCAUACUCAGCUGUUAAACUUGCAGAAACAAGUGGGAGUCUCCAUGGUUACAAACAGGGAGUGCUCACAGUCAAGUAUGAUAACUUCCUGUUAAGCUGAAUCCCAAAUACGCACAGACAGAAUCAAUUAGACUGAGUCACAUGACCCAGUGGUCACAACGAGAUCAUGUGAUCAAUCUUUAAAUUUGUGCCAUUUCAAAUAUUUUAUAGUUUUUAUAAUUAAAUGUUUUUAUUGAAGCUGUUUAACUGAAAUAGUUAAAAAUAUAAAUAUAUGUCAAUCAGCUGAUCAAUAAUCAAAAAAGAAGCUGCUGCUGGAAAAUCAAUAAAAACAUUUCAACAAUAAAUAAAA